AUGGGUUUGCGAGGCGUUGGCUUCCUCCUCCAGUGUUACCUGAUGUUGGCAGCAGCCAUGUAUUUUGAGCUCGGAGAGCAGGAGGAAAAAUGCAUCAUCGAGGAGAUUCCUGAAGACACUCUGGUCACUGGGUAUUUCUUGUUGGAGCCUUGGGAUUUGAAGAAAGCCACCCGCUCCCCUCACCUCGGUGUCACUCUGACAGUCAGAGAUCCAAAUCAUGAGAUUCAGAUGUCCAAACGCUACGGUAAAUUCAGCAAGUUCACCUUCACAGCUCACGCGUCUGGUCAGCACUUCUUCUGCUUCCAAACCAACUCCACCAGGUUUUCUGUCUUUGCAGGAGAGAGGCUGAAGCUACAUUUGGACAUUCAGAUGGGAGAGCAUACGAUCGGCCACGACACUGACAAAACCAAAGACAAGAUGGAGACUCUGGAGAACAACUUGAGCCAUCUCGUAGAUCAGAUGAAGUACAUCACCAUGCAGCAGGAGUACCAGAGGGAGAAAGAGGACAAGUUCCGGCAGAUCAGCGAGGUGACCAACAGCAAAGUGCUGUGGUGGGCCGUGGUGCAGACCACCAUCCUGCUGUCAGUCGGUUUCUGGCAGAUGAAACAACUUAAAGACUUCUUCAUUGCCAAGAAGCUGGUCUGAUGAUGACCUCUGACCUCUCCACCUGAGGCCUGAUAACCUUAUAGCGUCUCUGGCUACACCUGCAAUGUGUAAACUGUACGCUAGACACUUCAAACAUGGAAUAUACGAUACGAUAAACACCAACAUUGAUUUGAAAGAGUUGUUUGUAUACAACAUGGUCACUCUUACCAAAACUACACAAUCAAUGUCUCCUCUGUACCUGUUCUGUAGCCGUGGUGACAGUGAGCUUUGGUUUUUGCUCCUCGUCUAUUAGUGAUAGUCUUAGUUUUGUUUUUAGAGCUAUAUGUGACUUAAUAUUACCCACUGUUGUUCAUUGAUCAUGAUUAAAGGGUUGUUUCUACACACACGGCCUCUGCUGCUGCUGUUUCUGUAUGUUUAGUUAUCUCGAUUUUAAUGUGAAACUUUCCACUCUAAUUAGCUGUGGUGGUUAUGUCCUGAAUAUGGGAAACAAACCACCACUCCUAAAUGAAUGUAGAUAAAAUACUGCCACAGUAUUUAUUUUCAAUAUAGUUUUCUGGAGUUAAUAGUCAAAUGUGUUUUUCUUUCCCAUCUUCUCUGUCCUGUUUUCUUCUCUUUAACUUUGUUGCCCUUAAUACAAUAAUACCUUGGGAUUGAGUUCUUUGUAAUCUUAGCUGAUGAAAGACUGAUAAGAAUAUUCGUUUUAUUGUAAGAAAAAUAUGCACCAGAUUCAUCAGGACAGAAAAGAUAACAGCUAGUGACACAAAGGGAAAAUUAAUAAAAGUAAUUUGAAGGAGGAUUGUUUUGUUCUUUUGUCUUAUUUCUCUUUUGAAGGAGUAAGAAAAAUAAAUGACUCAAAUCACAAAUUAUCCAAGUUUUAGGAGAGAUUCAAUUACUCAGGCAAUGACCCUUCUGUCUUUGAAUACAAAUAAACUAGCAAAUGUUCGUAGCUAGCUAGCUAGAUGACUAGUUAGCAUAGUGUAAAAAAGAAAAUGACGUUAUGUGCUCAUAGCUGUUUUGGAAAUUUCGACCCUGACUGAUAGUUACAGUAGUUAGUUAUAUAAAGUGUAUCAUAUAUAUUGUUAAUAUAGUUAUUU